AUGGCCGCCGCCGGCGGGCUGCUCCUCCGCGCUGCCGAGUCCCCGGCCGCCGCCGCCGCCCCCGAGACGCUCUCGGGACCCCGCCGGGCCCAGGCGAGGCGGCAAGCGGAGGCUACCAAAAGAAAGUACCGAGCAUCCAGUGAGGCUCCCCCAGCGAAGCGGAGGAGCGCGGCGGCGUUUCUCCCAGCCAAGAAAGCUGCUGCUGAAGAAGCACGAAGGACUUUUAAGGGGAAGGCACAGAGAACGUUUUCUCCGAAUGAAUCUUUGGUUGGUGUGAGUGGUAAAAACCGAGAGCAGAAACCAUGCAUUAGGACUUCUUCGUUAUUUAAAAACAACCCCGAAAUUCCAGAGCUCCACAGACCUGUAGUAAAGCAGGUGCAAGAACAGGUGUUCACCUCAGACGCUUUUCACAAGCUGGACCUCCACCCACAUUUAAUUUCCACGAUAAAUACGGUCUUAAACAUGACUAGCAUGACCAGCGUUCAGAAGCAAAGUAUUCCCGUGUUGCUGGAGGGCAGAGAUGCUCUGGUGAGGUCUCAGACGGGCUCAGGUAAAACGCUUGCCUACUGUAUCCCUGUGGUCCAGUCUCUUCAAGCAAUGAAAUCAAAAAUACAGCGCAGUGAUGGCCCCUAUGCCCUGGUGCUGGUGCCAACGAGAGAGCUGGCUCUGCAAAGCUUCAACACUGUCCAGAAACUGCUUAAGCCGUUCACCUGGAUCGUGCCUGGGGUGCUCAUGGGCGGAGAGAGGAAGAAGUCCGAAAAGGCCAGACUCCGCAAAGGAAUAAAUAUCCUCAUCUCGACUCCUGGGCGACUGGUGGAUCAUAUCAAAUCCACAAAGAACAUUCAUUUUAGUCGGAUACGGUGGCUGAUUUUGGAUGAAGCAGACAGAAUCCUGGAUUUGGGUUUUGAAAAGGAUAUCACAGUGAUACUCAAUGCCGUGAAUGCCGAGUGCCAGCAACGACAAAACGUGUUGCUGUCGGCCACACUCACAGAAGGUGUGACGCGGCUGGCUGAUAUCAGCUUGCUCGACCCGGUCCGGAUUUCUGUCCUGGACCAGCACCACGCGCAGUCUGACCCGGAGCGAGGCACACUUCCCCAGGUUUCCCCUCUACCCCCUGACGAGGAGCUGGACAGCUUCGCGAUUCCAGGAGGUCUUGAUCAGCAUGUGACGCUGGUUCCCAGCAAACUGAAGCUCGUCUCCCUGGCGGCCUUCAUCCUGCAGAAGUGCAAGUUUGAGAAAGACCAGAAGAUGAUCAUCUUUUUCUUGAGCUGUGAGCUGGUGGAGUUCUAUUACCACCUCUUCCUCCGGACCCUGCCAGCCUGCUCAGGGGCCCCCGCGUCACGGCAGCCACCAUCUGCCUCCACGAGAUUCAAAUUCCUGCGGCUGCACGGCAACAUGGAGCAGGAGGAAAGAACAGCGGUGUUUGAAGAAUUCUCACAUUCCAAGACCGGCAUCCUCCUCUGCACGGAUGUUGCAGCUCGGGGUUUGGAUCUCCCUCAAGUCACGUGGAUUGUUCAGUACAAUGCUCCGUCUUCGCCUGCUGAAUACAUCCACCGGAUUGGGAGAACCGCCCGGAUUGGCUGCCGUGGGAGCAGCCUGCUCAUCUUGGCUCCUUCGGAGGCAGAAUAUGUCAACUCGUUGGCUUCUCACAAAAUCAACGUGUCUGAGAUUCACGUGGAAGACAUUUUGUCUGUUCUGACAAGGGACGGUUUGAAAGGGAGCCGACGGGGAACCCAGAAAUCCCGUGCCGCUGGCCCCCAGGAAAUCCGACGGCGAGCCACGGUCUUGCAGACGGUAUUUGAAGAUUACGUGCACUCCAGUGAGAGGCGGGUCUCCUGGGCAAAGAAAGCUCUGCAGUCCUUCAUUCGAGCCUAUGCAACCUACCCCCGGGAGCUGAAGCACAUCUUCCACGUCCGAUCGCUGCACCUUGGUCAUGUGGCUAAGAGCUUUGGGCUGAGAGAUGCCCCCCAAAAUCUUGGUGUCUCGGCUGUAAAGAGAAGAAAAGGAAACCUGAACAGGCCUGACCUUCAUAAGAAGACCCGGGGUAAACACCGCCUUGCCGAAAUCUUGCGUUCAGAAUACUCAAGUGGGAUUGAGGCCAGCGUCGCCAAGGUCAAAAAGCAAAACAAACACGCGGCGCCCGGCAGCCAGCCAUGCAGAGCCAUCCGCACCGGGCGCCCAGCCUCGGCCGUGGGAAAACAGAAGCAGCGCUCUCCGUGCAACGGAAAAACCCAGAGAGACUGACCGGGGGCUGAGACUUCCCAAAAAAGUUUUUUGUUUUUUUGUUUUCAGCUCUGCCUCCACAGGCCUGGGGCUUGGGGUGGAUCCUGGAGGCCCGGAGACCUGGGCUGACGGCCCUGUUCUUGUCAGGAGCAUUGUGGGAAAGCCUGGUGCCCCCCCCCCCCCUCUUGCCCUGAAGACAAGUCCCUGACCCAGAGAAGCCAGGCCUUCUAUCCCGUGGGGGGCGGGGGUCAGCAUAGUGUAGACCAGCCAAUCAGUGCACCAGAGCCGCACCCUCCCCCCCACCCCCAGCCUCCAGCAAGAGCCUGGUGGUGUGAGUGGCAGCGGGAGGGCCCCGUCCUGCCUCCUGGUGACAGUGUUCUGAAGGUGUCUCAAAGUUUUACUUUAGUUGCCCCGUCAACACAUUGCUUAACACAAAUUUUAUAAAAUAGCGUUUUUAAAACUGGGAUGCAAUUUGCUAAAGAAGAGGGUAAAGAUCAACACGUUUUCUCGAUGUACAAGUGCUUUGUUCAGAGGGCUGACUGGUUUUGGCGUGGGUCGGAAGCCUCCGGGUCCGUCCGCAGGCAGCUCCAGGCCCCACGUCGCAUUCACGUGCCUGGCCGCCUCUUUUAUGUCCACGGAAAACUUCCUGUCUCAUGGCUGAUGGAUUUACUGGUGCCUUUUUUAUUUAUUUAUGCUUUUUACUGUUGCCUUUCUAUUCUUUGCCUUUGAAGUCAAAAGGCACCAGUCUCCCGAGCAUUUUCUCCCAUCGAGUCCCAUCUUGCCUUCAAGUCUGGGGUCCGGGGGUCCUCGUAGUGUGGCCCAGGUCACAGCUGCCCCUCCCCCACUGUGUUGCCCCAGAGGUUUGAAAGCGGCCCCCCAGGGGCGGACCGGUUGCCAGAUUUGGACGCGGGGAUUCCAGAGGCGUCCGAAGGAGAAGGGCCAGAGCUCAGCACCUCUGUGCCGGGAGGUGCUUUGUUCUCUCCGCCUUCUCGGGAUUCCUCGUCUUCCAACUCCUGUGAUGGAUGAUGAGGCCCCCACUUCAGUAACCAACCCUCCAGAUCCACAGGAACCAAGUGGCCAGGAGCGGAUGAGAGUGCUGCGAGAUGGGCGGUCUGCAGGGUCCACAGAGGGGCCAGCGUCCUUGCCUCCGACCCUCUCUGGCAGUGGAGGGUAGCUCGCACCGACACCAGAGGCCCCAGGGAGAGGGCGAGUGUGAGCCCAGUGAGCACUAAUCCUCUGCGGGAGGGAAAAUAUGACCUUCUCACGAGGGCUGUCACAUACGAAUUCUUAGGGACGGUUGGUGAAGUUUCUAACAACAACAACAGUAAUAAUAAAGCCCUGUAGCACUCGUCAAGCGGA